CGCUCGGUGCUAAAAUAAAUGCACUUGGCCGUAACGAGAGAUUGCUGCUUAGGAAACAGGUACUUCAGACGACUUCGUGGCAAUGAAGAUUCUCGUGUUUACUUUCCUCACAUACUACACCGUUUGCUUCAUACCGAGGGAUGGUGAUGCGGUGUCAUCAAACAAAGGCUGCACCUCGAUGCCGGGUGACGACGACGACUGCGAGACUGAUACUAAUAAGUGGUUUUAUAACAUAGAAGCAGGAGCAUGUGAAAAUUAUAAGUACGGAGAUUGUCCACGAAGUGAUAACAUAUUUGACAACCAGACUGUAUGCACAGAGACUUGCAAGGACGUAGGAAAGCGCAGUCCGAAGACAAAGGGCGGCUCGUUCAGUGCCCCGGGCUCCAGUCGCCAUAAGAGACCAUCGAAGAAAGGCGGAUCAGAAGAAGGGGAGACGGGCAUCGGCAGCAAGCCUGUGAAUAAACCGAAGGGCGGUGGCUUUACGAAGGGGGGCCCCAAGACCAGACCAAUGAGACCCCCCCGUGCAAGACCAGCCCUGCCACCCCCAGCAAAAGCACCUUCAGGCCCAGGACACUGCGGAGCAAGGCCAAAGAGGGGAGACUGCGACGAUAAUAGCGAUAAGUGGUAUUUGAAUGCUGCAUUCUACACUUGCAGUCGUGUGCCCAAAGGAAAGUGCCCAACCAUUCAAUCAUUCUUUGACAACUGUGACGACUGCUUUAAAAAAUGUCGAGGCCAGUAUAAGCAUAGGCUAUCUCUUUUCGAGAGCGCCGAAAAUUAG